AUGGCGCCGCCAAAGGACAAAGAACGAAAGAGAAAGUUUCAUCGGAGAAGCAAAAACGGAUGCACUCGAUGCAAGGCCAGGCAUGUGAGGUGCGACGAGCAAAAGCCGCUUUGCACCAAUUGCCUUCAGACGGGAAGUGAAUGCAUAUAUCCGACUCCAGAACAACCACUCCCAUCCAAUGAUUCGUCACCUUCGCCAUCAUCGUCGUCCAGCAAUGUUGCUCUGGGGAGCUUUGGGUCCCAAAUGGCACUUACCGAGUCAACGGCACCGGCAUCGCCAGGGAUGAGCAAUGCCCUCAAUAACUACGUCGGAGGCUCCUUCGAUGCUCUUCCGGAGCACUCCAAACGCCUUCUGCGACAUUUACACGGUUUGGGGUUCGAGACCUGUUGCUCGGGAGCUGGAAUCUUCAGCCCUGCUAGAAUACAAAAAUCGUUCGAGAACCCUGGCUACAUGCACAUGUGCCUCAUGCUAUCAGCGUGUCAGUGGGCAUGGGUUACCGGUUCGAUGGACGAGGUCAGGAUCCCAUUCCUGUACCAUAAAGCAGCAACCUAUCAAUUCGCGAGAGAGCAGCUCCAGAGUCCUGAAUUGGCACAGAGCGGAGACACUAUGUUGGCUAUAUCUGCGCUUGCGCUGACUGAGGGCGCGAUAGGAGAACUGGACGCCUCCUCAAGACACUUGAAGGGUAUACAAUCUGCAGUGAAGGAGUGGAAUAGGGUUGUCGAUCCAGUGCCGACGUUGCCCCAGAGAAUGCUCAAGAUGGUCGGAGAAGGACUACGAACCGGAAAAGCAGGCCAGCUCGUGAACGUGCCCGAAUACCAACCAACCUUUAUGGCUCUCCUAUUUGCGUCGAUAUGGGAUAUCACAGCGCUGCCGCCACGCGAAGCUCCGAGAUAUGGCUGGUGGGAAGAUCUCGAAACCCCAGCGGCCAGACUUUGGCAAAAUCAUACCAGAGACCUCAACCUCAACUAUGAGAUUUCAAGAGGUUUCAGCGCGAGUCAAUAUGUACCACGAAUCUUGAACGGCGACCCUAAAAGUAGCCGAACAAGUUUCAUAGCGACCUUCUUCUAUCUUUGUUCUGAGCUGGGCGACAGAUACUUCGAUGUAACCAUGAUCGACUGGCUCCUUGAACAACUCAUAGACGAUGUUAAUGCAGGCGAAGAACAUCUAAGGAUGAGUGAAUGGACACAGUCACUCUGGUUAUUUUGCGUACUGUUUGGUGCGUCCAUAGCAUUCACUGGCCGGGCCAAUAAUGUAAUCGAAGAAAGACAACUGAGCAAAUGGCGAGGCGUUUACGGCGACAAAAUGAAACUGGCCAGUCGAGAGCUGGGAAUCAAAAGCUGGCAGUCAGCCCGGGCGAUGCUGGCUGAAGUGGUGGGAGGGAUAGACGGCGAAUUAGAAAAGGGUCUAGAGGAGUUAUGGAACGAGGGGAUAUCAGGAGAGACAUCGGGCGAGAGCAGUGCAAGUCCAGCAGUAGUAGAGCUGUCAGAAUCCGACUAA